AUGGCGCUGCCUGGAGCCGAGGGCACGGCAGAUACACCACGGUCCCCAACCCGGGAUGACUCGGGGUGCUCCUCCUCCAGGAUGUGGGCCGCACUUUACGACUACGAUGCGCGCGGCGAGGACGAGCUGAGCCUGAGGCGCGGCCAGCUGGUGGAGGUGCUGUCCCAGGACGCCGCGGUGUCAGGCGACGAGGGCUGGUGGGCCGGCCAAGUGCAGAGGCGCCUGGGCAUCUUUCCCGCCAGCUACGUGGCGCCGUGUGGCCAGGUGCCGCCGCCUGCGUCGCCCCCGCCGCGGCCCUGCUCACCGGUGCAUGUGGACUUCGAGCGUCUGGAGCUCAAGGAACUGAUUGGUGCCGGCGGCUUCGGCCAGGUGUACCGCGCCACUUGGCAGGGCCAGGAGGUGGCGGUGAAGGCGGCACGUCGGGACCCUGAGCAGGACGCGGCGGCGGCGGCCGAGAGCGUUCGGCGGGAGGCGCGGCUCUUCGCCAUGCUGCGGCACCCCAACAUCAUCCAGCUGCGGGGUGUGUGUCUACGGCAGCCGCACCUCUGCCUGGUGCUGGAGUUCGCGCGCGGCGGGGCGCUCAACCGCGCGUUGGCAGCCGCUGCACCGGAUCCCCGCGCACCAGGCACGCGCCGCGCACUCCGCAUCCCCCCGCACGUGCUGGUCAACUGGGCGGUGCAGAUCGCCCGCGGUAUGCUCUACCUGCACGAGGAGGCGGUGGUGCCUAUUCUGCACCGCGACCUCAAGUCCAGCAACAUUUUGCUUCUGGAGAAGAUCGAACACGAUGACAUCUGCAACAAGACACUGAAGAUCACGGACUUUGGGCUGGCACGGGAGUGGCACAGGACCACCAAGAUGAGUGCUGCAGGGACGUACGCCUGGAUGGCUCCUGAGGUCAUCAGGUCCUCCCUGUUCUCCAAGGGCAGCGACAUCUGGAGCUAUGGGGUGCUGCUAUGGGAGCUGCUCACAGGCGAGGUCCCUUACCGUGGCAUCGACGGACUGGCUGUGGCGUAUGGGGUGGCCGUCAACAAGCUCACACUACCCAUUCCAUCGACCUGCCCAGAGCCGUUUGCCAAGCUCAUGAAAGAAUGCUGGGAGCAAGACCCUCACAUCCGCCCUUCGUUUGCCUUGAUUCUUCAGCAGCUGACAGAGCUCGAAGGGGCGCUGGCGACGGAGAUGCCCCAGGAGUCCUUCCGCUCCAUGCAGGAAGACUGGAAACUGGAGAUUCAGCAAAUGUUUGAUGAGCUUCGAACCAAGGAGAAGGAGCUGCGGUCCCGGGAGGAGGAGCUGAGUCGAGCCGCCCUGCAGCAGAAAUCCCAGGAGCUGGAGCUCAGACGCCGGGAGCAGCAGCUUGCAGAGCGCGAGAUAGACGUGCUGGAGCGGGAGCUGAACGUCCUCAUCUUCCAGCUGAACCAGGAGGCCCCACACGUGAAGAAGAGAAAGGGGAGGUUCAGGAGAGGCCGGCUGAGGCUCAAAGAUGGCCACCGCAUCAGCCUGCCUUCAGAUUUCCAGCACAAGAUCACAGUGCAGGCCUCCCCAACCCUGGACAAGCGCCGGAGCUCAGACAGCCGGCUCUGCAGCCCACCCAGCAGCCCCCUGAUGCUGCCCCGCCUCCGAGCUAUCCAGCUGACUUCGGAUGAGAGCCAUAAAACCUGGGGACGGAACGCAGUCUUCCGACAAGAAGACUUCGAAGAUGCGAAAAGUAAUUUCAAGAAAAAAGGAUGCACGUGGGGACCGAGCUCCAUUCAAGUGAAAGAAAGACCAGAGGGCCGAGACCGGGUCAGGCCUCUGUCAGAUGGCAACAGUCCUUGGUCGUCUCUUUUAAUAAAAAGUCAGAAAACCACACCAUUGGCUUCAUUGUUUGUGGACCAGCCAGGAUCUUGUGAAGAACUGAAACUUGCCCCUGAUGGAUUAGAACAUAGAAAACCAAAGCAAUUGAAGUUCCCUGGCCAGGCCUAUGUUGGUCUACCUCUUUGCAAAGACAGCCAGAGAGAGCACCCAGUAGAGGCUGAGAGUCGGGAGGAGGGACCCUCCAAAGGCUCCUCAGUGAACCACGUGGGUGCACCCCUGCUGAGGAAGAAAACAGAAUCUGCUCUGUGUGAGUGUGGGGGGCUGCUGGCAUCACUGGCUUUGGGAGUGGAUGUCAGGAAACUACACGGAGCCCAGGCCCUCAAAAAAACACUACCCAAAGAGGAAAAGAAGCAAGAGGGCACCCUUCCAUGGGUCUCCAAGUGCCAAGCAAGUACCAGACAACAGACUGCAGGCAGGACACCCAGUGAUGACCCCUCUCUCCUGCUGCCAAGUGCCUCAAACCUUUCCUCAAAGACUCUCUCCACAAAGUGCUUGCUGCAGGCUGAUGAGGAGGCGCUAUCUUUGGGGAGCACUCAGAUCUCUUGUGGUUCCAUGAUGCUCACUCCAGAUCCCUGUUCUACCACCCCAGAAAGCAGCUGUGAACUCAUCCCUGAACCAGGACUUAAGAAUGAUUGUGGAGUGUUGAGAAGCAUGUCACCUGCCCUUCUGGAGCAGACAGGGGAAAAGCUGCCACCCUGUGCCACUGCAGGAGAUAAGGGAUGCCAUCAUGCAUGGAAAGGAUGCAAAGAAACUCCUCUCCAACCUCAGAGUGCCCCUGGAGAUUCGGGACUACCACACUCUGCCUCGCCUGGUCCUCAGAGCGAGCUGGCAAGCCAGGGCUCUCCUGGGCAACCCCAAGGUGUUCUGGGCAAUGGUCAGGCAUGUCCUCCCCCGCCACAAAAUCCACAUACUGCUUCCCUGAGGACAACAUCCCCGCCUGCCUGGGCCAGUGGCAUGGAGCAUGCGGUGCCAGGUCUUGUCUGUCUCCUCAGUGCCCAGGAGAGGAGCAGGUGCAAGGUACCAUCCUUGCUGGAUGCCAAUGUGGAGGGCCAGAGCAGGGACUGUGCCGUGCCCUUGUGUAGAGUGAAGAGCGUGACAUGCCCACCACCCAUCUAUGCCCUGGAGAAAGACUUUCUGACCUAGUGCCUUUGCCCUCCCAGGGUUCCCCGUUUGAGGUGGACACAGAGAGGCACUGGGUGCUGUGUGUCACACUUGUGGCCCAUGGUGCUAGUGCUGGAUUCCGACUCCGCGGUGCACCAGUGGUUGCUGUUGGCUGUCCACUGGAUGUCAGUUACCUGGUGCCUUGAAAUACACAGAGGUUCAGUCAGCUGAGGCGAGGUCACUGUGGCCAGCUUCUGUGCUUCAUUCUCACCCACGUCCUGCCCACGGCACAAGGCUGUACUACAGUGACCAACCCUCUUCGCUUCUUUCCUUCGUCCUUUUCCUCAUUUUCUUCUCCUUUUGGGUUUUUGUUUGCCACUGUCGAUUUCUUUGUUUUGCACAACAAAA